AUGCCCCCAUCACGGCGGAAGUCUUGUCUUGCAUGCGUCCAGUCCAAGCGAAAAUGUGACAAAGGUCUACCCAUAUGCCAACGGUGCCUUGCAAGGAAGACUGACUGUGAAUACAACGGCCGAUAUCCCGACCGACUGCGGCAAACUACCGGAAGAAAUGUAGAUGAAAAUGUUGCCUUUGCGGAGCCGUUUGCGGGGGAAAUGUCCAGUGAUUGGCAACUGCAGCGAAGUCCCGCGCUACCAGCGGCAGCAAUACUCUCGUCCUGCGCGAAUGAUGCAUUCUUCAACUUUGGAAAUAGUCCUUUCAACCUGGCAAGCAUACCGCAAGAUAUCUUCCUCAGCUCUGCUGUCAUCGAAGAUACAGUCGCUCAGCAAAACUCGAACGAUAUCGGGAAGGUCAUCUCGGAUACAACUGCACAGGCUCGCGUGGAGUUUGCAGCAAAGAGGUUAGCUAUGAUUCCGAAGACUUUUUCCGAGAAAGGCCAAACGAUGUUUAUCCACCGUUUCUUGUUCAAAGAGAGAAGCCCUCCGGCUUUACAGGAUGCCCUCAGCGCUUGCGCUCUAUAUUGCUUGAAAAACGCGGAGAAUCAGGUGCUAGUAUUCCGCAACUUGGAGCACAGACGGCAACAGCUGAUCGCCGCCACUGAUCCGCUCCUCGCCUCCGAGAUGGAUCUCCUUGAAGCGCUACAAGCGCUGAUACUAUACCAGAUAAUAAGACUGUUCGAUGGUGACAUUCGCCUCAGGGCCCAAGCAGAAGCGGACGAGCCAGUCCUCAUACUCUGGGCGGCACACCUUAAGUUACGCACUUGUCAAGUGCAGCCCUCUCCACUGGCUCCACCGGAAGCGCCACUUCUGCCGGAAAGCACUUCUACGGACUGGCAGCGCUGGCUGAUCGAGGAGAGUAGCCGACGGACAGUAAUAACAGCGUUUUUAUUGAAAGGAGUAUACAACUUUUUGAAACUCGGCUACCACACAGUUCCAGACCUGCGAGCGAGCUUCACAGCCCAAGCGGCGCUUUGGAAUUCGCAGUCAGGAAUUAGUUGGCGGAAAGCACACAGCGAGAGAGAGCGACUCGAAGUGCGGGUGACGCAUUGGGACGAGGCAAUAGCAAAGGCGAGGCCAGGUGAUUUAGAGGAGCUCGGUGUACUGCUAAUGGCCAUGUUAAAGGGGAUAGAGGCCACCAGAGAAUGGUUGGGGCAUAGCCACAUUAUUAGAUAUGGUUUAGAAGGAGCAGAGUACGGUUCGGUAUGA